AUGGCGACGACCGCUCGCGUUCGCGUUUCCACGGCCGCGCGCGCAUCGCCCGCGAGCGCGGGCGCGCGCGCGUCGCGCCGCCGCGCGGUCGCGGCCGCGCGAGGGCGCGGCGGCCGAAGACUCGCGCGCGCGUCCACCGCGUCGUCAUCCUCCGAGACGACGACGGACGCGACGUACGUCGAGUCGGAAGAGGAGGAGGCGGAGCGCGUCGCCGUCGGCGCGCUCGUCGGGUGGUGCGUCGAGCGCGGCGCGACCGGAAGCGGUCUCUCCGUGCUCCUGCCCGACGGCAGCGGUCGCGGGAGAGGCUUAGAAGCGAGCCGCGACAUCGAGGUGCGCGUCCCGACGUCCAUCCGUCCGUCCGUCCGUCGUCGAUCUCGCUCUCGUCGCGCGAGAGGGUUUAGGGUUGUGGCGCGCGUCGCGACGCGGACGCGACGCGACGCGACCGCUCUCGCCGUCUCCUCCGCGUCGAUUCGAUCGCUCGUCGACGUCGGUCCCCGUCCGACCGUCCUCCCGCCGCGCCCGCGACGCCUCGCUCACCCGUCGUCCGUCGUUCGUCCGUCGCGUCGCGUCGCGUCGCAGGCGAGCGAGCCGGUGCUGUGCCUCCCGCUCGAGAUGGGCAUCUGCGACUAUCAGGCGCGUUCUAUAUCACACUGGUCCCCAUACGACCGCGUUCGCGUGGUGAACGCCGUUCCUUAA